AUGGUACCUGCCACCCGGCAAAUGACAAGCGAGGCUGUCUAUGCACACAUCUUGGAUAACAUUCUUUUGUUGUCCCAAGAACACCCUAUCCGUCUUAGCUUCCAACAGCAGGGAUACGAAUCAGCCAUCGACAUUCUCUCUAUCUUUGAGAACGAACUCGAUGCCCUCGGUUACAGGUCUCCCACGCCUAUUGACGGUGUAGACAACCCACGAAUCCCACUGCUCAUGGCGCAUCGACAAAUCCUGCGUCAUUUUCUACGUUGGCAAGCAUCCCUUGAACGGCAAAAGGGGAGCCCUAUGAAGCCUUCGGAACUCAUUGCGUUGAACAACGAAGAUUUUGUUCAGUAUCGUGGAUCGGCACUUGGCCAGGUAUCGACAACCAAUAGUCCCUCGACCUUGGCUCCCACCUCAACGAGCAUCACCCCUAAAGUGCGAUCUGCUGCUGAUGACUUCAGGCGUGGCGUUAAACGUGACAAAACGCAUUAUCCCGUACUCAAGGAUGACAAGUACUGGGAUAACUUCUACCGUUCGUUCGUGGUCACUGCCGUCUCGCAUAAUGUUGAAAAGGUCCUUGACCCAACUUAUGCUCCUACAGAGCCCUCUGACAAAGCACUUUUCGAAGAGCAAAAGAAGUUUGUGUACUCUGCACUAGAACACACACUGCAGACAGAUAUGGGUAAGAACCUCGUUCGAGAACACAGCUUUGACUUCGAUGCGCAAGAGGUGUUUCGUAAAGUUGUCAAACACUAUACGGAAUCAGCAAGUGCGAAGAUCAGUUCAGCCACCACGCUUGGUUACCUAACUACGGCGAAAUAUGGAUCCUCGUGGACAGGCACAGCAGAAGGAUUUAUCCUUCAUUGGAAGAACCACCUUCGUAUCUACCACAAUACUGUACCAAUGGCUGAGCAACUCCCAAAGCAACUGUGUCUUAGUCUUUUGGAGAAUGCUGUCCACGAUGUACCGGAACUUUGUCAAGUGAAGAUCACAGCCACUCUUGACCUAGCCAAAGGAGGUAAUCCUAUUAGCUACGAGAGUUACCUUAGUCUUCUACUUGCUUCAGCGUCACUCUACGAUAAAGGAAACAACUUCUCUAAUUCCCGUAGUCCCAAAGAAAAGCGUAGUAUUCAUUCUACUGAUCUUUCUUACCAUCCUACAGACUUUGACAUUGAUCAGGAUGUUAACUACGAUAUUGACUUGUCACCUUCCGUGCUCUACGAAGCCAAUGCGCAUGCCCGUGGGGAGAAUCGUACUAAUAACCGACAUUAUAGUACGCCCACUAACCGUGAGCGACCUUAUAUCCCUAGAGAUAUGUGGAACCAGCUCUCAGAUGAUGCUAAGGCUAUACUUCAGGGAUUGGCUGCCCCAGCUAAGGUUCCCCCGGUUAGUAAUGGAUCGGCACGUCCCUUGAUGGCGCAUGUACAUGCAACUGGCACUCGCGACGAAGCCCCGGACGACAACAAUGGAACUCCCGUGGAUACCUUUCAUGAUUGUGCACCAGAAACGGAACUCCUAGCACAUCUAUCUGAUCGGGUUGGGCGUAUGGACCCAGGCGACAUACGUAAGGUACUUGCAGCGUCACGCAACACCGUAUCGACGGGUUCUCUCCGUCCUCAUGGUACCACCAAGUCACUUCAGUCAAAUGUGUUACAGUACCAAGUCUCCCGACACACCGUACAAAAUACCACAUCUGCACUUGUCGAUCGCGGUGCCAACGGUGGACUUGCGGGGAGUGAUGUUACCGUACUGCACAAAACUGGACGUUCAGCCAACAUAACCGGUAUAAAUGAACAUACCUUGUCCAAUCUAGACAUUGUCACGGCUGCCGGUCUUGUCGAAUCGCAACGAGGGCCCAUUGUUGUUAUCAUGCAUCAAUACGCGCAUCUUGGUAAAGGUAAAACCAUCCAUUCCAGCGCCCAACUUGAACAUUACCACAAUCGUGUUCAAGAUCGUUCUCGUACCGUGGGAGGCAACCAACGUAUCGUUACCCUGGAUGAUUACAUCAUCCCACUAAACAUACGACAGGGUCUUCCGUACAUGGAUAUGCGCGCACCCACCAGUCAUGAACUUCAUUCCCUUCCCCAUGUUGUUCUUACUUCUGACGUUGACUGGGACCCAUCAGUUCUCGACAACGAAAUCGACAUGAAGGCUGAAUGGCAUACCGACAUCCAUGACUUACCUGGCAUGCCAUAUAUUGAGCCACGAUUUGACGAUCUCGGCCAAUACAUGCACCGGCACGUUGCCAUCUGUGAUUCUCAACGUCACGAUGCUCUCGACCGUAUACUUACGUGUAACAAGCAUGCUGUCCAACGCAAUGAACAUGAUUAUGAUGCCCUCCGUCCUUGCCUGGCAUGGGUCUCCAGUGAUACCGUUCGCAAAACCAUUUUUGCAACCACUCAAUAUGCGCGUGAGGUCUAUAACGCACCUCUACGUAAACAUUUCAAGUCUCGUUUCCCGGCUUUAAAUGUCCAUCGACGCAAUGAGGCCGUUGCCACAGAUACAAUCUGGUCCGACACCCCUGCCGUCGACAACGGAGCAAAGUAUGCGCAACUCUUUGUAGGAAGACGUUCCCUCGUCACUGACGUCUACCCCAUGAAAACCGACAAAGAAUUUGUCAACGCCCUAGAGGAUCAUAUCCGCUACCGUGGGGCCAUGGAUAAGCUCAUCAGCGACCGUGCUCAAGCUGAGAUCAGUAAAAAGGUUACUGACAUUACACGGGCUUACCACAUUGACCAGUGGCAAAGCGAACCACAUCAUCAACACCAGAACUUCGCUGAACGACGCAUCGCUACCAUUGAGGCCAACACGAACAACGUUCUCAAUAAAACGGGCGCGCCCAAUUCUACCUGGUUACUCUGUGUUACUUACAUAUGCUAUGUAUUUAACCAUCUUGCGCACGAAUCUCUAGAUAAUAGAACUCCGUUGGAAAUUCUCGACGGAUCGACCCCUGAUAUCAGUGUUCUCCUCCAGUUCUCUUUCUGGGAACCUGUUUGUUAUAGGAUCGAAGAUGCCACCUUCCCGUCCGAUGGUACCGAAAAACGUGGUCGUUUCGUCGGCAUCGCAGAUUCUGUAGGUGACGCUCUCACCUAUAAGAUCCUUACCGAAGACACCAACCGCAUCCUAUUCCGUUCUAGUGUGCGAUCCGCGUCUGUCCCAUCUGAAACCAACCUCCGUCUUGCGACACAGGAUGGGGAGAGUAUUUCUAAGCCCAUCAACUUUAUCAAGUCGCGUAGAACAGAAAAUCAAAAUUCCUAUGCCUUGAAGGAGCUACCUGGUUUCACUCCCGACGAUCUCAUCGGUCGCACACAAACCUUCUGA